AUGGCAGCUUCAGACUAUACCUCCUCAGUCUCCUCCUCCUCAUCAUCAUCACCAUCACCAAUUAAGCACUCCCGCUCCAAACCCUACACCCCAUCUAUUCCACUACUACCCUCAGCAAUCCCACUAAUAUUCAUCAACGAAACCGAGCGUCUCACCUCCAGCCAAAUCCGACGCGACAUCCGCUCGCAGGUCCGGAAAGGCUCACAUGAGAGACAGCGACGCUUGAAUGCUGCGGCGAAAGCACGGCCGCUUGAGGCUGUGAGGAAGUUGGUGAGGAAAGGUGCUGGGAAGGAGGGGAGGGGUGAAGGGAGGGAUGAUAGGGCUAAGUUGGUGCCGGGGUUGCGGAGGUUGAGGAUUUCGGGGGUGGAGAAUGAUAAUGAGAGGGAUGAGGAGGAGGAGGAUGAUGAUGAUGAUGUUAUGGGGCAUAAGGCGGAAGAGAAGAGGGUGAGGGGAGGGAAGUUUUCGUUUGAGGUUGAUGGGGAGAUGUUGCAGCAUGUGAAAUGGGAGUUUCCUGUGGAUGUUGAUAGUGGGACUGGGUUUGGUUCUAGUUCAUAUUUUUGAACUCAUCGACACUGCUAUGUCAACAUCUGGUAACGAUCCGGAUUUGUCACUGCCAUUGGAUGGUCUUCCCUCAUCCGAAAACCGCUCACUAGUCACUUCCAUGCCCAUACACAUAGAUCGCUGGCCCUUCAAAACAACAACGCCCUUCGCACUCCUCCUCGGCAACGACGGUCUCAUCCUCCAAAUGCACUCUCUCAACUGGCCCGAGCACCUCCCCCACCUCUCGAAUUCCAACAACAACAACAACAACAACAAUAACCGUCCCGGAAUCUGCGUCUGGAUGCCCUGCAGUAUAAUCCCAUACCCAAACUCGGACCCCGAUCAUCCUUAUUAAGAAACUCAAAAAUCUUCCCUUGGAUAUGCAAUAGCGCGGACAGCACCCGACGCAUGAGAAAACGAUUGGUGGGAUUGCGAGUCUGAUGAGUUGGGAGAGUGCGAGGGGCAAUAUCGAGGAGACGGCGUUGCAUAUGGAUGGUUUGGCUAGGAUUGUAUUGAUGAAAGGGGGGUUGAAAGAAUUUGUGUCCGAUUAAGCAGUUUUGUUGGAAGAUCCAUUU